AUGACUCCCAAUGGUGAGCAGCAACAGGAGACUGUAACUAUACAUCGAGAUCCAUCAUCGUUUCCCCUUUUCCAGGAGCUGCCGCCUGAAAUCCGCCACUAUGUCUGGCAAGAGGCGCUCUGCCAAUGGGUGGUCUGGUACACGUCGCACCCACACAUCAAUCUCCAGGCCAGUGGCCUCCUCAUACGUAUGAAGCCUGUUGGCGUAGCGCCAUAUCUCGUUGGUCUCGCCUGCCAGGAGUCGCGGCGUCUGAUGGAGAGACUUUACACAAAGCUACUUGCUGGCGCCGGCGGCUCUGGGGCGUCGUCACCCACCGCUGUGUACUGGUUGAUACCGGAUCGUACCAUCGUGUAUCUGGGCUGCACCGCACGCGCCACCGAUUUCAUGGACAUCAUCCACGCCCAUCAGAGCUUGCCACUAAGACAUCUGGUGCUUCGCUGGUCCGAUCUGGUUGAUGUGACUCGCUUCAGCCAUAGUCUCGUCCACCAGUGUCCCGACCUGCGGACGUUUACCCUCCACGCUACUGACAGAGAGACAACACCAGAGCUGUGCCGCUGCGAUUCGCCGCUCAGCCAGCACCUCGCCGAUUGGUACACUACCAUUGCAUCCUGGGAGGAUGAGGCGCUUCCAUAUAUAGAGCACCCUGAAGCAGAAAUGUUAAAUUGGAGCGUGGGAGACUAUUUCGGAGAUCGCGAUGAGGAGUUUGAGGGACCGAGACUGCAUUUUCUCCCAUCCCGGCUUGAAGCAUCAGCAGCAUUAGAUCGGGUGCCGGGCGAUUAG